AUGAGCUCAACAACUCAAAGGGGACCCUCUAUAGCACCGAGAUCAGUAUUGGCUCCCUCCCCCGCGGGAUCUGGGGCCGCUUCUUCUCCAGAGCUGGCCGGUUCGCCUGGUGCCGUUACCUCCAUUGUAACAUCCAAAGAAUGGGUUCUUCCGCCACGCCCGAAGCCAGGACGGAAGCCAAGCGCAGAUACACCUGCGUCCAAGCGCAAGGCUCAGAAUCGUGCGGCACAGCGGGCGUUCCGUGAACGGCGAGCGACCAGAGUGCAAGAACUCGAACAAAAGCUUCUGGAGGUGGAGAAAGAAAAGGAACUCAAAGAAAUUGGGUUGGUGAACACAAUCAAUAAGUUAAAAUUUGAGAAUCAAUUCUUGAUCAAGUCAAUGAACCAGCUCCGGCUGGAGUUCUCCUCGUUGAAGUCAACUGUGGCUCCUGCAAGCCAGUCUGCCGCCAAUUCUCCUUAUACAUCACAAAUGAACGCUCUGGCUGCGCCAUCUCCUGCUGAGCCUAAUGCUAACUACUUCAAGCCUGAGGCUCUACGAACCUCGGAUUCGGAAAUAAACCAAACGGCACAAAACCUCCUAAGUUUCGCGAAAGCUCUGCCUGCUGCGCCGGCAGGCGAGACACCCAAUCUGCAGCUGCUGGUAUUUUCGGUGCAGCAGAUUCUGCCAGCUCCCUCUGUCGAAUCACCACGUGUGUCUUUCUCAAGUUCUAGAACGUCUUCUUCUGCUUUAGCAGCUAAGAAUGUGCCUCAAAAGGCGUCUUCAAAGGAUGCUGAAGAAUUUGAUUGCGGUAUCUGCAUCAAAGACCUGUGUUUGUGUGAAGAUGCGGGCCUCAAAGCAGCACAGCCUUCGGUGGAGGAGAAAUUUGAGUCAAUUAAACCCAUGGCAGCAGUGUCUUUGAAAAGAAAGCAGCCAGCGCGGGAAACAGACUUCACAUCAAUGUUCACAGCUAAGAAAAUGCCAGAUCUCAAGCGCUUACGGAAAGAUAACCAGAAACUACCUCAGGAUCUCUUGGUCAAGAAAGAAACAACUGAUCGUGUUGGUUUCAAUGAGGAUUCUCCCGUCGAAAACUGUGGAUUUUGCUCCGAUGAUACACCGUGCGUAUGUAGGGAGGCUGCAAAAGAAGCUGCUAGACUCAGCCAGUCUCUCUCUGACAGACUCUUUGAUAUUGAUGAGGCUGAUGCAAACGAAGAUGAUGAAAACCACUCAACAGCACUUCCCCCUCUACAAUUCAAUUCCAAAACACUACAACGCAAGACUUCUCUUCCCGUGCUACAUCCAGGACCCACUUUGGAAAUUCGUGAGUUUUCGAAUGCCACUGCUUCUUCACCAGCCCCAGUGGAGCAAAAAGAGGAAAAACUGGGAUGUACUGGAAACCCUGGUACAUGUUCUCAAUGUCAAACAGAUCCAAUGUCAACCCUUUUCUGUACCACAGUGGCAAGUAAAGCAGCAAUGCAAAAGAAAACUGAUAAAGGACCAGAAAAGGAGACAGCCGAGACUAAAGCCGAUGAAGCUCCUGAUGCUUUACCAGCUCCUCCUCAGAACCUUCCUAGCACCAGUGACACAAUUUUCAUCCCCUGCGCCGACGCUUACAAAACUCUUUCUAGGCAUAAACGGUUUAGCUCGGUCGACUUUUCCUCCUUAGUAGGAAGACUCACGACAAGAGGUAUGCAAGUUGAGGUGCAAUCAGUUGCAAAUAUUAUCCGUGAGUUGGAUAAAAAGGUUUAUGAUUAG